GACGCUAUUGGCCGACGCUUCCAAUAUUGAGCGUGAUAGAAACGUUUCUCUUCCAGAGGGAAGAGCAGAGUCAGGCCGCCUUCUUAAAAAGAGACCAUUUGGAUGGAGAUGCUCUGCUUCCGUGCUUUCCUUACGAAGGGAAGCCAGGGUGAGGGAUGAGGAAAAGAUGCCAGGCAGGCAGCUCUGACACGGUGCCGACCCAAAUUGGCCAAGACGAGGGCAGAGUGGACCGUUGCAGGUAUUCUCCAUCCGUAAUAUCAUCUCCUGUGACUACUUACAUGAGUGACGCUGGCUUUGUGUGAAACAAUUUAGAGCUGGAAUGACUCGGACGUGCGCUUCGACGAUGCUCUCGCUCGGAAGCAACAGUUGGACUGAAAGCCUUAAGAAAACAUUUGCCGAUAAUUGUCCGUGUGACAUGUGAUUACACCACUUAAAGACAUUCCAACUGCACUUCCUUCCAGAGACUGAGCUGUAACUUACCCUUAUUGAUUACAGCCGAGGUUCCACCCACCUGGAUGACACAGAGCAGCACCUGAGGGGGUGGGGGGUGGGGGGUAAAGUGAGACAGAGAAACUAAAAGAAGAGUGACGGGGAAGGGGAGCGGGGGGGUCUUCCCUUUCUCUCGCUCCCACCCGUCCCGUCGCCAGGCUGGCAGGCACGGCCAUGGCGUUCACCUUUGCGGCCUUCUGCUACAUGCUCACCUUGGUGCUGUGCGCCGCCCUCAUCUUCUUUGUCAUCUGGCAGAUUAUUGCCUUUGAUGAGCUGCGCACGGACUUCAAAAACCCCAUCGAUCAGAGCAAUCCCACCAGAGCGAGGGAAAGGAUUCUCAAUAUCGAGCGAAUCUGCAACCUUCUUCGCAGACUGGUGGUCCCAGAGUAUUCUAUCCAUGGGCUCUUUUGCCUCAUGUUCAUGUGCGCUGGAGAGUGGGUCACACUUGGCCUAAAUAUCCCGCUUCUCUUCUACCAUCUGUGGAGGUUUUUCCAUCGACCGGCUGAUGGGUCAGAGGUUAUGUACGAUCCCGUGAGUGUGAUGAACGCCGACAUCCUCAACUACUGUCAGAAGGAGUCCUGGUGUAAGCUGGGUUUUUAUCUGCUCUCUUUCUUCUAUUAUCUCUACAGCAUGGUCUACGCCCUGGUGAGCUUCUAACAAACUCACGCUGAGACCGAGGUACAACGUCAUCCAAAAGAAAAGAACCUUCCCGUCUGCGGCUUGGGUUUUCCACGGUCUCACCUUGGAAUACGACACAAACAACACCCGAUAUGAGUGUCAUUGUGAAUGUAAAAGGUGUGGCCUCCGCUCCAUUUAUAUUGCUUUAUGUCAAACACCGCAGUGAGACAGAGGGACAAAGGUAUGAAUGAAGGAUGGAAGUGAUGCUGACGAUGGAAAAGGUGUUUGUGCUGCCUUUUACGCCUCAUUACAAAACUUAACAAUGACUCUGAAGGGCUGGAGUAAUCCCGUGCUGCUCUUACUGAUCCAGUCUCUCAACUCACUGUGACCCUCCAAACACUUAACAUGGGCUGGAACACGAAACAAUAUGUCUGUAAUCUCUGAAAGUGUGCACAUGGCCAGAUGUUUGCUAUUAUUGUGUAUAUUUCAAAUAAUAGACACCUCUAAUAUCCAACCACUGUUUUUCUGUUGAGUUUUAAAAAAAAAAGCACUGAAAAUGCAGACAGGAAUAUAACAGAUCGGUGCGUGCACAGACACUUUCAACCAAGAUGGAGAUAAAGCUUUGACCAUCAGGUUCAUCAAGAACAUUUUCACAUUGUAGUAAUAAUAAUAAUAAUAAUAAUAGCAAGGUUGAAGUCUCCAUGCUGACAAUUCAUUCACCUUUAAGUGUGUUCUUAGCUGUAAGGACGUAUUUUGUGCUAAAGAUAGCUAGAGGAGGGCUUUUUGCUCAUAGAUUCAAUGCCAAAUGUUCGUAUCUGAAAAAAACAACAACAUUGUGCCAAAGAACAUGAAGCAAGUGAAAACAAAAAGCGGCGAGCUAUAAAAAGAAAUGCCUGUUGUAUAUCUGCGUCCAAACGCUAAGGCGCCAGCAGCCGACUGUGUCUCGGUUUUCACUUUCUUCAAGACGUAUUUAACCUUGGCGCAAUGGUUUGCUUACAAGAAAAGAAAAAAGAAGAAAAAAAAAAGAAAACUAACUAUAGUCUGUAUUUUUUUGUGUGCAGAAAAGCCUUAUUUCCAGUGAUGUUUACUCGUUAGCAUAUAUGCUAGCCAUUUUAGCGCAGCGACAUUUCUCAGAUCUGUUGUAAAGCGUACAGCUCUUACGUAUGAAAAGCAAUUAAAUACUCCAAACUAGCAAUGUCAUAGGUUAGAUGAGGUGUCUGCGUUUGUGUAUGUAUAGUGGAACCUGCUUAAGUUGGUCCCGUUCAUAUCGACAGCGCGUCAAUUCCGAUUUUUUGCUUGUUGUACCUAAUAUUUUCAUGUCAGUGUGAACCGUACAAUUCCAUUUUUCCAAAUGAGACCCAGGCCUCUUUCGUUUGUAGAUAUAAAUCCGAUAUUAAUGUUCAGCCAAUACGUCUUUGGCUACGUUCACAAUGCAGAUCAAUUCAGAUGUUUUUGCUCAUACUGUGGUGUUGUUCCAUGUUUGUCACACUUAAAUGUUUCAGAUCAUCAAACAAUUUUAGUGAGUGACAACACAACUGAACACAAAAUCCAAUUUUCAGAUGAAAUUUUUUAAUAUUAAGAGAGAAAAAAAUCCAAACCGAUGGCCCUGUGUGAAAAAGUGCCAUUUCUAACGGUUUUGGUUUUCCAGCCAACCACACUGAGAGCCAUUAUCCACAAAUGGCGAAAAAAUAUGGUGGUGGUAGUGUGAGGGUCUGGGGCUGUUUUGCUGCUUCAGGACCUGGAAGACUUGCUGUGAUAAAUGAACCAUGAAUUGUGCUGAAAGAGAAUGUCCAGCCAUCUGUUGGUGACCUCAAGCUGAAACCAACUUGGGUUCUGCAGCAGGACAAUGAUCCAAAACACACCAGCAAGUCCACCUCUGAAUGGCUGAAGAAAAACCAAAUGAAGACUUUGGAGUGGCCUAGUCCAAGUCCUGACCUGAAUCCUAUUGAGAUGCUGUGGCAUGACCUUAAAAAGGCGCUUCAUGCUGGAAAAGCCUCCAGUGUGGCUGAAUGACAACAAUUCUGCAAAGAUGAGUGGGCCAAAAUUCCUCCACAGCGCUGUAAGAGACUCAUUGCAAAUUAUCACAAACGCUUGAUUGCAGUUGUGUUUUCACUUUUCACACACAGGGCCAUGUAGGUUUGGAUUUGCUUUUCUCCCUUAAUAAUAAAAAAACAGCAUUUUGUGUUUAGUUGUGUUGUCAUCGGCUAAUAUUUACAUUUGUUUGAUGAUCUGAAACGCAAAAAAAGAAGAAAUCAGGAAGGGGGCAAACACUUUUUCACACCACUGUACGAAAUUAGUGCGGCCAACGCACGUUCAGAAAUUUUGCACGUCCUCCAUGCGUGUCAACAUCUUACUCCUUCACGGUCACCACAACUAUGUUCUCCACGCAGCGGCCAAAAAAAAUCGUACACUCGGUUGUGACCUAAGCUUAAGAUAAGAGUAUAAAAUAUCACAUAAUAAUAAUAUGCACAAAUGGAAGAAAAUCCUUUAUUUUCACCAAUUUUCCUGAUGUCUCUGGGCAAAGUCACAAGCAAAUGCGCACCCAUGGCUAGUUUCAGUUUGGGUUAUGUUUACGUGAGGCAGCCAGUCCGAGACGCGUCGACAUGAACGGGUUCCGCUGUAGUAGGUGAGGGGGACAGAUAAUGACUCGGUGAUAACCAUUAUUUGUAAUAUGUAAAGAGUCAUUUGGAUAACACAAUCACACACGUGAAAUAAUUGUUGCUUGACGACCAAGCCUUUGCUCACCUGCUCUUUUUCAUUCGUUGGACUUAUUUGUAGAUAAGCGAUGGUUCUAUUGUGAUUCCAACAGCGGUAGAAAUACAGCCAUUCAGGGGCCUGAUGACAACGUGGUUCAUAGCCGGCUCCGCGUGUCGGAUGUACGUGUUUGAUAUCAAUACUUAGGAGUAAAAGUGUCAACAUCCACACUGUUUUAGAAAUCUAACUUUUCCUGUACGUUCAAGUGUAUGAAAGUCACUCAUUUGUAUUAGACAGCAAUACCAGGACAAAAGACUGAUAGAAAUAAUGCAAAUCAGCAGUGGCUAUGUUUACAUGGACAAUUUCAUUCAACUUUAUUCGGUUGCCAUGAUACAGAAGAUUUAAAAAAAUGUAUAACAUAUGAUGAUAACAUAAACAAAAUUAUAUUUGUCCAUUGAAGCGUGCUAUAAAUGUGUUUUCUGUAUGAGUCCAAUCAUUCCCACGACUUCUUAGCCCUGCUGGCCCUCUGAGUGCACGGAGUCGGAUCACGGCGCCUGCCAGUUUCAGUUUGUCAGCAUGUCGCCAGUUAUAUAAUGUUGCAGAAACAUUUAUUAUACAACAUGAGUUUCUAAUGUCUUUCAUGUAAGCGGGACAUCAUUACUCUUACUAAUCGGACAAUGAAAUCAAGAGAAAUGUCACACGCGGACACGCUGCAGUACUCGCCUCAUCCUGAAGGGGCCAGGGCAUCAUGCGUGUUACUGCCGUCCUUCCGUGUAGAGGAAAAAACUUUUUUUUUUGUUAGUUUUGAUAGCAGCAGCACUAUCUGGAGAGCAGUAAGCUGAACAAAUGAAUGAAUUUGACUGCCAAGAUGGAGUAUUACAGUACUGUAUAUAUCCAAGCUCACCAGAAGGAAAGCAAACUUUUACAACAAAGUACCAGCGUUUUUCCUGCAGAAGGAUAGGGUGCUUGUACUUCAUGUACAGUACAGAUAAAAGGUAUGACCAUGACCAUCAUUACAUCUGAAUGGUUUUCCGUUAGUAACGCCGUCCUUUCUGCCACCUAAUAUUGGAAUAUUGACGUUCAUGUAAAUGUAGCCAUUGCGUGCAUGGCAAAACAAGAUGUCCAUCAGUCUAUUUGUAUACAGUGUAGUUUGUUUUGAUUAAAUUCACAUAAAUUCCCUUAAAUCUCAUUAGAACAUUAACAAAGUCUCCGGACGGACCUCAUCUAAAAAGUCCUAUGGGAGGAAAAAAGGUCAAAUUUGUAUCUGACCUUUGAGUUGAUGGUAAUUUGGAUGAGUCACUGAAAUCCACAACAUAACAUGAGAGAACGUCCUCAAAUUCAACAAAAAAACACCAAUCAAUCGAUCGCAACUGGACUGUUCAGGUUGUCUUAGAAGACCUUUGGCCUCUCGUCCGAGCAGGCUUCAUCCGUUCAUGCUGAAAGACUACGUGGGAUAAACACGAGUCCGACUAAAUAGGACAGCUCUAGUCCGAGAACCUGGUACAAAAUCCUCUAAAGGAGGAGCCAUCUCUGAACGGAGGGGGAGGUCUGCGACACCACCUUCCUCCCACAUACAUGCUGUGCUUCCAUCCCUUCCCAAAAGAUUCAAACAUUUAGCCUCCAACAAACAAGGCACAACCACCUUGGCGUCAGGUGGGUCCAUGACCAUCAUGACAUGGACAAUGGAAUGCUAAUGAGGGCGAUACCACCAAAACGACCAUCAGUGACGGGCAGGGGCCCCACUACAUUUGAAUCCUAACUUCCGUCCUUUGACACCUCAUAAGAGCGAACGUUCUCAGACUAGAGCUGUCCUACUUAGUCUGACUAGUGUUUGUCCCACCUCGUCAUUCAGCAUGAACGGAUGAAGCCUCACAUGAGAGGCCAAACGUCUUCUCAGACAAGCCGAACAGGCCAGUUGCGAUCGAUUCAACGCCUUGAGAACACAGUGACCUGCAUGAAUGAGAAUAUUCACAGGCACAAUUAAUGAAGCAACAUACUGUCCACUCAACAACGCUGGUGACAACAUGAGACACCCACAACCAGAGCCAUGACAAAGAUAUUCAUGGUCACUUCUGUACCUAAUGUUGUGUCCAGGGCGUGGACAAAUGCUGAGUCAGGACAAUCACCACUGAAGCACACGGACAAACACAUUUUGGUUCAACGUCGCCAUGUAUGUGCUGUUUAAUUAAACAUUCUAGGAACUGGUAACAGCAUUUGUAACAGUCUUUUAUACAUUUCUGAUCAUUGUACGCUUCCGACAGUUUGGUGGACAACUUUAGAUCUAUCAGGUUAUACUAACGAUGUACAGUUCAUAUACAGCGAUUCAUAUGUAUUCUAAUAAAAGAACUACCAAAAUCA